AAUAUAAAUUAUUAUAAAGAAUUUUAAGUUAUUUUUAUUUUAAGAGCAAUGCAGAAUGGGUAACAUUAGUUGCCUAACCUGUCCCGCCAAAACAGUAAGUUAUUAACCUAAAAAUUUUUCAAACACCUAUUCAAAAUGGUCCAAAUGGAAGAAAAACGCGUUAAUCUGCCAUGGGUUGAAAAAUACCGGCCAAACAAAUUGGAGGAACUUGUUUCUCACGACGAUAUAAUCAAAACAGUAACAAAAUUCAUAAACGACGAUCAGUUUCCCCAUUUACUAUUCUACGGACCACCGGGAACCGGUAAAACAAGCACAAUAUUAGCAUGUGCCAAGCAAUUGUACACACCGGCAGAAUAUGGAAAAAUGGUUUUGGAGUUGAACGCUUCCGACGAUAGGGGUAUUAAAAUUGUUCAGAAUGCUGUUCAGACCUUCGCCAGCACCAGAAAUAUGUUUCAUACUGGUUUCAAGUUAGUAAUUCUGGAUGAAGCUGAUGCAAUGACCAUGGAAGCACAAAGUUGUCUCAGAAGAAUUAUAGAAAAAUACACGGAAAAUACAAGAUUUUGCAUUAUUUGCAACUACCUCGGUAAAAUAAUCCCUGCCCUACAUUCACGUUGCACUCGGUUCAGAUUUGGUCCGUUGUCUCCGGCACUGAUUCGUCCCCGAUUGGACUUUGUAGUGGAACAAGAAAAUGUUAAAAUUACAGAAGAUGGUAAAGAAGCAUUGAUUACUUUAGCGAAUGGUGAUAUGAGAAAAGUUUUGAACGUCCUUCAAAGUACUUGGUUAGCUUACAAAGAAGUUACAGAAGACACUGUUUAUACUUGUGUCGGACAUCCCCUCAGAAGUGAUAUUGAAAACAUAGUUAAAUGGUUACUGAAUAGCGAUUUCAAAACUACCUACAAAAAUAUCAAAGAAUUGAAGACUGUGAAAGGUUUGGCUCUGCAGGAUAUUUUAACAGAAGUUCAUAAAUAUGUUCACAGAAUCGAAUUUCCCUUUGCCAUCAUGGCCAAAUUGUUGGAUGACAUGGCAACAAUUGAAAGUAGUUUAUGUGCAGGAACCAAUGAGAAUAUUCAACUUACCGCUUUUAUUGCAGCCUUUCAAGCCUGCAGAAAUAUUUCAGUAUAAUCAAUUUUUGUAUCAUUAUAUUUUUUAAUAAAACUCUUAUAUGUUUAA